UAAGUAGGGGGUUUUUUUUAGGUAAAAAAAAAUUCUCCCAAGACAAAGAAGUACAUAGGCCUGUAUGUGUAUAUAAGUAUCUACUGUACAGUAUAGCUUAUAGUCGAGGACUUAAAAACUAUUGCACUUUUAAUUCGGCAACGUCGUUCACAUUUCACGAUUGAAGGCGUACACGGAUUGUCCGGUCGUGUCACCUGUCGCAGGUGAGGUUCAGCGCAGGUGAGAUUCAGCGCAGGUGAGGUUCAGCGCAGGUGAGAUUCAGCGCAGCUGCUCUAAGGCAUCAUUACAGCCCCCAGGGAGGGAGGGAAGAGGCUGCUGCCAGUGACCGUAGGACGAUCUUCUCGUCUCUUCGCUCGAACCCCGACAGCGAUAGGAGGCGAACACAAUCGGCACAGCCCAGGAUUCCUUGAUGGACAAAAGGCACUAACGGUUUAUUGGAACUAUUCGGCAGCAGCACAAGGCGACCUCAUCUUAAACCCUUCCACUUCAAACGCACACUCGCUGGCAUUACGCAGGUGGAGGAAUCAUGUUCUCCUGGGUCUCUUCGUUCCUGCGCCCCCUUGUUGUCUACUCAAUGAGGUUCUCCCCAAUGGUGCUGGGGAACACCAUCCCUAUUUAUGUCACUCGGGUUUCUGCCGGGUUACUCGGGUUGGUCGGUGUUGGAUUAAUAGUAGAUGAUGAUAAUUAUUACGAAGGAAGACCUGAAGGGGGUAGAGAAUGGGAAGGAGGAAGAGUGGGAGGUGAUGGAGGGCGUAGAGAAUGGGGAGGAGGGAGAGUGGGAGGUGAAGGAGGGGGUAGAGACUGGGGAGGAGGGAGAGUGGGAGGUGGAGGAGGGGGUAGAGACUGGGGAGGAGGAAGAGUAGGAGGUGGAGGAGGGGGUAGAGACUGGGGAGGAGGGAGAGUGGGAGGUGGAGGAGGGGGUAGAGACUGGGGAGAAGGGAGAUUUAGAGGUGAAAGAGGAGGUAGAGACUGGGGAGUUGGAAGAGCUGAAAGUGAAAGAGGAGGUAGAGACUCUGGAGAAGGAAGACUUAGAGGUGAAAGAGGAGGUAGAGAUUGGGGAGGAGGAAGAGGUGAAGGUGAAAGACAAGGUAGAGAAUCGGGGGGAGAAAGAGGUGGAGGUACAAGAGGAGAUAAAGACUCGGUAGGAGGAAGUGGUGGGGGUGAAAGAAAUAGAGGUCAAGGUAGCAGCAUAUGUAGAAGAUUGGGAGCUUUGUUUAGACGUUUGACUGGAAACAGUGCUCAUACUGUUAGGCCUUUCAGUGGAGACUCUGGAGGAGGAAGCAGUGGCGGUGAAAGAGCAGAUAAAAGAAGAGGCAGAGGGAACAGAGAUAGAGGAGGUGAAGGUGGCAGCAGAUGGAGAAGAUCAGUAUCUUUAUUCAGACAUGUCACUGGACGCAGUGCUCAAACUGUUAGGUCUGCAGCUACUCGUCUGGCUUCGGGUGUACGAUUAAUUUCUCGCCACUUUGAAUAUUCUUUAACAGCAUUACUUGAAAGUGCAGCUUUCCAUUCAUAUGCAGGUUCAGAUUACUACUUUACAUUAAUUGCACGUACAGCAGUAGUCGGGGGAGUUCUGGGUAUAAUUCUCGAUAUAGGAUUCGGCGAACUGAUGCGACAAUGUUGUGGUACACAUGGCCCAGACUCUCCGGGUGGAAAUUCUGAAAUGAUACGUUUAAACAUGUGUGAACAUUACUUAAUGAGUUAUUAUGAAACACGAACAAGAGAACAAAUUAUUCCAGUCAUAAAGAGGGUGGCACCAAAGCAAUUGAGCUCUUUCUCACCGAAUGAAAAUGUACCACCAGUUAAUAGAAAUGUACCCUCUCCCGUUGGAAAUGACCAACUAUUAAGUGAAAGAUCGGAAGAGGUAGGCCUCACCACUGGACUCUCAAUGAGUAAUUAUGAAACACCAACAAGAGCACCAUUUGUUCCAGUCACAAAUAGUGUAGCGCCAAGGCAAUCUCGCUCUUUCUCACCAAAUGAAAAUGUACCACCAGUUAAUAGAAAUGUACCCUCUCCUGUUGGAAAUGACCAACUAUUAAGUGAAAGAUCGGAAGAGGUAGGCCUCACCACUGGACUCUCAAUGAGUAAUUAUGAAACACCAACAAGAGCACCAUUUGUUCCAGUCACAAAUAGUGUAGCGCCAAGGCAAUCUCGCUCUUUCUCACCAAAUGAAAAUGUACCACCAGUUAAUAGAAAUGUACCCUCUCCUGUUGGAAAUGACCAACUAUUAAGUGAAAGAUCGGAAGAGGUAGGCCUCACCACUGGACUCUUAAAUGCAAUUUGUUCCAAUUUUAUGGCCAUUGGUGAUCAAAACAAUACUCCACACGUGAGUGCUGUCGUCAGAGGGAUUGAACAUUUAUCUGAGGGGUUUGCGAUGUUGAGAAGAGGUGAAUUGUGGGCGUAUUGCGUCUCAGAAAUCACAUCGGGACUUUCUUCUGUGUGGGAAAGCCUAGAUACCUUAUAUAACCGAAUCAAUGCAAUGAUGAGAAGAUAUGAUGGUAGCCAGGCUAGAGUAUUACAACAGUUGCUAUUGAGUGCACAGCAGCACAUCGAUGGGUUGUUAACGUUUCUUACAAUGGACACAAAUGAAAUGUGUUCUAUGUCUGGUCGAGUCAAUGUUUUACGUUCUAUUUGUAGUCAUGCUUCUUUAGCCAUAUCUUUGCUGAAUAAUAUUAGAAAAAUACUAAGAGCAAACGGGAUUUUUGUAUGAGUCGCUAUGUCUAAUGGACCAUAAACGGUUCGUUGUACGGUGUAAUGUGUGUUGCUAAAGGGUUGUCGAUCUCUCAGAUAAUAUUCUUAGGGUUUUUCGGUAAAGUCACGUAGGUAAAAAAAAAAUUAAAAUUAAUAAAAGUAAUAUAAAAAUAAAUAAAAAUCACGAUGUUUCGGAGGCAACACAAGCUUCCGUCUUCAGGUGGAACCGUCACAGCCACGACAGCUGUAUCACGUAAAUGAGAGAUUACAAGAGCUACCACUCCGUAUAUAUAAUGGUUGAAGAGGGGAAGGGCCAAGUACGGCACACCACUUUUUAUUAAUAUGGUAAGGUGCGGCUUGAGACUAUGAAUAGACUGCAUAACAAAAGACUGAGCCUUUGUUAUGGAGAGGUUCGGUUUGUGACUACGCCUAGCCUACAUAACAAAAGUGUGAGAAAAAAAAAGUUAGUCAGUGGUGGCGAGCCUGCCUAGGAACAGCCUGCAUCUUAUAUUGCGUCGAUGGACUGCAAUGCAUAGACACCACUAUUCUUACCUCUGUGGCCUAGUAACCAAACCUGAAAGGGUCCAACUUUACCGGGAAACAAUAUAGGCAAGAUAGAGUCAGGGUAGGAACAUUGUUUGGAAACUUCAUUUUUACAAUGUUAUAAAAUUAAAAUGGAGUUACAUAAACAUUGUUUCCACCAACCUGGGGCUAGAAUACCAGAUUAAACAUAACAGAUUAAACAUAACAGCCUCAAUGUUAUGGCUUUUAUGAAUACAAUUGGAGUGACUUGUAAAUGAUAGAGUGAUGAGAAACGUUUGACAGCGAAUGUAACAUAACGGUAUGAUUCUUACAAAUGAUCGUGAUUUAUCUUUUGAAGUUUAGUUUUUUUAGAGGUGGCAUGAACAUGCAUCUUGGGGGCCUAUUCUUAGUUGUACAACAUAGCAGGGUACAGUAUACCUAUAGGUUUUGAUAAGAGAUCUUUGUGCUGAGUUAUAACGUUAUUAGGUGGAUUUUAAAAACAUCACUGGAUUUACACUAUGAGAUCUCUUUUACCAGUGGCAAAAUAUAGUAGUAGGUUUUUACCCUUUUAAACUGGUACAAAACUGACACCUUUAUACAAGGCAUCAUGUUUGCAAUAACCACAACACAAGUAGUCAAAAAUGCAAACAAAAAGAAGCAACUCUGAUAAUGAUAAUAAUAUGCACUGUCCUUGAAGUUGAUUGGUCCACACCCGAGACGGCUUUCUUUAGAGCCUAGUCCCCAUUGGUGUUGGACCAGAUGACACCAGAAGGCGUACAACUCAAACACAGUGCAAUAUCAGAGUAUUGAGAGCUCGGGGUAAGCAUUUACACUAUCUCUUUUACCAGUGGCAAAAUAUAGUAGUAGGUUUUUACCCUUUUAAACUAGUACAAAACUGACACCUUUAUACAAGGCAUCAUGUUUGCAAUAACCACAACACAAGUAGUCAAAAAUGCAAACAAAAGGUGCAUUUUUGACUACUUGUGUUGUGGUUAAAGGGGUAAAACCCCACUACAACAUCACUGGAGUCGAAGAAGUGAAGCCAUGCAGAGAUAAUACAAACCUAUGCCUUGAUUGAGGCACAGCCGCUGGGACGUGUUUUUGAGACUUGUAAGGCAUCUCAAUGCUUCAUUUGUAGGAGCGAAUUAACUUUGAGGGCUUUCAUGAAGUUUGGAAAAAACUUCAACAUGCAUUGCGAGGCUCAACAUUGGUGCCAAAGUGCAUAACGAAUUGCGUGAGUUAUUAUUCUGACAUUUUAUUAUUUUUGAACGUUAGCUAAAGUGUUGCAGUUUUUAUUUAUACGCUUUUAUUUAACUCACUAUGUCUGUUGUCGUAUCCUCAAAAAAUAUUGUAACUCAAUUUUAACCCACUUCCCAAUGUGCUAUCGACUGUGAGGGCGGGCACAAGCCGGCGUGAGUAGGUUAAACGUUGAGUUUUAUAAGGGCACCACGGGGUGACCAGCCCCUCCCCACCCAGCCCCACAUCUCC